AUGGAGUCGCGUAUUCAAGAGGCUCUUCAGUACUUUGAGGAUUUUCCUGGCGCAAAAGUGGCCGCGGUUGCGCGGUUAUUCCACGUGCCGCUUGGCCGACUGCGAUAUCGACUAGAAGGCCGGCAACCUAAGAAAGGCGCUGCCGGCCACAAUACACUGCUGACGCGCCCAGAAGAGCUUGCAGUGUGUAGAUAUAUUGACCGGCUUGACAAUGUAGGCUUAUCUGUGCGCAAGGAAUUUGUGCGGGACGCGGCGAAUCUAAUCCUGCGCGAGAGGUCUUCCAAGGCUAAGGCUGGCAAUCCACCUGCAGUUGGCCAGCACUGGGUCUCUCGCUUCCUUACACGGUACGGUUACGACAGCAAGAAGCAGAAGACGCUGGAUUCUAACCGCCAGGUUGCAGAAGAUAUCGACAAGGUUAACCAGUACUUCCAACGGCUCCGGGAGAUUAUUGAAACCCAUGGCAUCACCCCUGAAGACAUCUGGAAUAUGGACGAGACUGGGUUCCAACUUGGCGUAGGAAAGGAUCAGUUGAUUGUGACUAAGCGAGAGCGAGCCCACUACCUUGCCAUUCCUACGAACCGUGAAUCAGCUACUGCUAUAGAGGCUAUCUCGGCAGCCGGGCGCCACUGCCCUGGUUUCCUCAUCAUGACUGGAUCUAAGCACAUGGCCCGUUGGUACGCAGAGUCUGUGGGCUUGGAUGAAGAUACUGCGCUGGGUGUUUCAGAGACUGGUUACUCGAAUGACGAAUUGAGUCUUGAAUGGAUUCGGCAUUUUGACAAGCACACGGCAUCAACAGCUAAAGGACUGAAGCGGUUGUUGAUCCUGGAUGGCCAUGGCUCGCACCAUACUAAGGAAUUUAUCGAGUACUGUGACAACCACCACAUCAUACCUUUUGGCUUACCGUCGCACUUGACACAUAUUCUUCAGCCACUAGAUGUGUGCGUAUUUCAGCCGCUAAAACAUUACCAUGCCAAGGCGCUGGAUCUGGCAGUUCGCGACGGCUGCACUAACAUCACCAAGCUAGAAUUUUUGGCUUCUAUUAAGGAUGUACGCAACCACGCCUUCAAGCGUAGUACGAUCUUCUCUGCAUUUCAGAAAACUGGAAUCUAUCCAUUCAAUCCACAUGUGGUCCUACAGGUCCUGGAGUCUCGGCAACCACACAAUCCUACGCCUGAGCCGCAGUUUCCAACUGGAUCUUCACCAUUCGAGACUCCUCUAACCUUGCGGCAAGUUAACAAGCUAGCCAACAACAUUAUGGAAGCUGUCGACGAAUUCCCAGACUUAAUGGCUUCAAUAUCUACUGAUAUAGAUCGAUAUGUUCGGGGGACGCUUGCCAUGAGCACGGAGCUAGUGCAAACAAAGAGAGAUCUAGGGCGCACCAAGUUGGCCGAGACGGUGGCUAAGCGGCGCAGGGCAAUGAAGAAUAAGACCUUACAGACAGGAGGAGUGCUUACAGUGGCAGAAGGCCGGCGUAUGGUGCAGCGAAGGGUUGACGCAGAUCUGGCGGCGGCAAGGCGACGUGUGCAAGCAGCGGAACAACGGGCGCGCAAUGGAUACAAGCGGUGGUUUGAAGCAACUGCCAAGGAAGCUCGUAAGUGGAGGACAUCUGGGAGGCUAGAACCAGCGGCAGUUUAUGAAACGGACCGCCGUUGUAGGUUGUUGAAGCGAUUCUAA